GGGCGAUUGAGGUAAGAUGGAGGGGAGGGGAGGGGAGGGUGGUUUGUUUUAACGUGUGAGGCUCGGGGUUCACCUCCAGCCACCUUACCCCAGCCGGGAUUGCCUGCCUCCUGCACAUAGUGACAGGAGGUAACGCCAGCGGGGGGAGAGAAAACAGUAAGAUCAGGGUUACGCCUCGAACAGCUGCUGAACCCCCAAAAUUCAACCAACAAUCUUCAAAGGAAAACUACUUACAAGGUUGAAGCUAACUUGACAAAAGAUGCAGUUUCAAGUGUUUGUGAGCUGUACUUUAGUUGUAAUGUGCUUCGCACAUGUUCAUCAUAAACACGAGCCAAUUAUUUCUGACGACCACUAUGCAGACGGUGAGCAUAAUCCGGAGUUCGAUAGAGACGUCCUUUUUGGCAGUGAGAAUGAAGCAGGCGAGUUUGCCAAACUGACACCUGAGGAACAACAAUCCCGGCUCAAAUCCCUCAUCAAGAAGAUGGACGCAGAUUCAGAUGGCUUCAUAACCAAAGAUGAGCUCAGUGCAUGGAUUCAGCAAUCAUUCAGACAUUAUGCCACGGAGGAGAGCAAAGAGCAGUUUCCAGAGCAUGAUCUGGAUGGCAAUGGAGUUGUUAGCUGGGAAGAGUAUAACAUUCAUAGUUAUGACCGAAUGCUGCAUUAUGAUGAGAAUACCCCACUGGAAGAUGAAGAAGAAGAAUCACUCAGACAGAUUUUUUUGAAGGAUAAAAAGCGCUUUGACAAAGCAAACAUUGAUGGAGUACAUGGACUGACUCUGACAGAAUUUGUUGCAUUUGAACAUCCCGAAGAAACUGAUUAUAUGACGGACUACGUCAUACAGGAUGCUUUAGAUGAACACGACCGCGACAAUGAUGGGUUUGUGAGCUUAGAGGAAUUCCUUGGUGACUAUAGGAAAGACCCAGGUGCAGCAGAUGAUCCAGAAUGGGUAACUGUGGAAAAGGAUCGGUUUGAAAAUGAUUAUGACAAGGACAAGGAUGGCAAGCUUAACAGAGAGGAACUUUUGUUGUGGAUUGUUCCCAACAACCAGGACAUUGCGCACGAUGAGGCUGAACAUCUUGUUAAAGAAAUGGAUACAAAUGGAGAUAGGAAACUCACAGAAGGAGAAAUACUUGCAAAUCAAGAACUCUUUCUUAACAGCGAAGCAACUGACUAUGGUAGCCAGCUACAUGAUGAGAAAUUCUAUCACGAUGAACUUUAGUGCCAAUAGUCCUCCAGUGCUAGGUUUGUCUCUGUGAAUAACUACACUUCUUAGGCCACUUUCAAAGAAACUCACUGAUUGGACAAGUGCUGACCAAUAGUGGGUAUUAAUAGAAUAAAAUGAACAGUCAAAUAGAUUUUAACAACAUUACUCCUGUUACAAAAACCUGCAUUCCUAAUGUCCUACUUGCCUUUAAUGAUAUUGUUCAUUUCUAUUUAUCUUGUGUUGUCAUUGAAGAGAUUGAGAAUUCCCUAAAUUAUUGCAGACACUAUUGCCUUGGAGAAUAUUUGUAGCCAAUACAAAAUUGUAUAGGUUAUAAAUAAUAAUAGUACCACUUUUUCACACUAUUGUUAAUAUUUUUAUAAAAAGUGGAUCAUCAACUUUCACUGCCAAAAGGCAGUACAGUAAAUUUCAGAUGUUUCUGAAUGAAGGAGCUUCCAUCUGCUGAUAAGUUCUAAAUUUUAAAAUGCAGUACAUGUAGAGGGGAUUUUUAAAAAAAAGACACCAAUUAGGGGAAUGAGAACUGAUUUCUUGUUCCCAUUAGCUUUAUUUUUAAUACAGUUUAAUACAUGAGUUUCUGGUUUGGCCACAAAAAUUGAGGAAUUCCCUAAUAGAAAUCUCUAAUAACUGGUAUGGAUUCUUUUAAACACCCACACUUGGCAUUUAAUCCAUUAUUUCACUCAGCAGAGGAAAAAAUUGUGAACAUGUCAACCAUUGUAGUAGAAGGUGCUUUUCUAGGUUUAAUCUAAGAGCAUUGUUGGGACAAAACAUCAUCACGUCUCGUUUAACUGUGCUAUACAUUAUCAGGGACUGAGGACAAUUCUGGACAUGGAACAGGGGAAAGUUUAUGACCCCAACAAUGAUAUACUUCGCCUUGAAAAACACAGAAUUCACAAAAGCGAGUAUUUUUGAAAGUUCCCAAAGCAUUUGUAAAUUAAAAAAUUUACUUGAAACUUAACUCGGGCUAUUCAUCUUCUCUGUGGGUGAAUUCUUUAAUUUUAAAUGUUCUUCUCAAAUUGUUAUGAUAUGUACACUGCAUUAACAUAGAUGGCCAAAUAAUUGCUCAGUUCUGUGUUUAAAAUUUUUAAAGUUACUGGUUAAAGAAAAAUAAUCCUACGGAGUUGCUAUAAAGUUGCUAAUUUUACUCUGUAAUUUAUUAUUUGAGGUAACUUAAACUACAGUGGAAUUACCUGAUGAUCCACAAAACCUGUCUUUGAAUAAUGUUCUUUCUUGGUUUAAGCUUUGCUGGGGAAGGGGAGGAAAUAGCCAUUUCUUUCUGGAUUUCUGCAAAAUUUAAUUAGUACUUCCUAAUAACUAAGUCAUUUGUUUAACAGAGUUGAAUCUAGAAAUUAGUUAUGCUGUUGUCUUUUUCAGCCUCCAUUCCUCCUGAGCUAAUACGCCCAGUACUCUAAACUCUGCUCAGUGCUACUUGUUUACUGCUCUAGAAUCAAAAUUAUUUUGCUGUUGUUUCACAAGUCUCAAAUCAAUGUAUUUGGUACAAAGUCUGCAUGAAUAACACCUCUGAAUUGUUAAUUAUUUGAUUUCUCUGGUUAAAUGGUUCUUGUCAAUGCAGCAUCCAUAAAUGAAAAUAUCAACUUGCGAUCUCUAGACUCCAUGCCCAUGGAACUAAUUAGCAUGCAUAAUUUUUUUUUUGUGCAGAAUAUCUUGAAGUGUAAUGCUACUGAAGAUGUUAACAACUUUAUAUUUCAUAUCUCGGUGUUUCAUUAGUUCCAAACUAUCACUGAAAGUGCUGCUUUUAAAACUUCAGAGUUCUGUUUUGUUCAAUAUGUGAAGCACCUUAUCAUCAGCAUUAUAUUCUCAGUAUCAUAUAGAAUUAAAUUACUGUGAUUGCAGCUGGCUAAUUAACUUUUGAACACUAUUACAUCUGCAGUUGCAGCAAUUACAUUAAUAAUGGAUAUUAAUAUAGUUUACUCUAAAUUUUAAAGAAUUAAAAAUUUUGAAAAUAUAGUGGUUCACCUGAAUACCCCUGCAUUUGCCUAUUUUUAAUUUCAAUAUCUGGUAUUUGCUAUUCCUCUUAAUCUUCCAGUUUCCACUAUGAUCAGAGUGACUUACAAUAAGGGGAUUUAUUUUUAUUAAUUUCUUUGGUUGUUUGUUUAAAUAUUCCACACCAACCUUUUAUAGUGACCAGCACUGCUGUUGAAGACUUAUUAACUAUAUACAUAUUAAACUUGGGUGAGACAUUAAUGAAUUACAAAGAUACAGAAGAGAUCUACGCUGCUAUAUUGACAAACAGCACUUGGGGGAAAAUCUGAAGAAUCUUAAGACGAGUCAUACUGCAAAGUAAAUCACUUUAAUCUGUGAAGAGAAUGUUAGUACUUUAUAACAGCAGCAUCUGUUUGUUCAAGCUGUAACUUAAUGUGUGAUCAAUGAAGUAAUCUAUACUUCAGGGUUCUCUUUUUGACUAAUAUCUUGUUAGUUUUUCAUUGAAGUUAAGGAAAUGUUUCCUUUUACAAUGUUAUGAUACUUUUUGAUUAGUCUUGUACCCUAAGUGGUAUACCUUUCUAGUUUAUAACCAAGAUGACAACCUGACAAUACCACUACACCCUGUAUUUUAAGAUUAGAUGUUUGACUAAAGUUUAAUUAAAAUCCUGUGAAACUUAAA